AAGAAGAAGAAGAAGAAGAAGAAACACGGUGACAAGAUGUAUCACUGCCAUCUAGUGGCGGAGUGACCGACGCGCACUUCCCGUGACGCAGAGAAACGCGGUAAAACGAAAUUCCGGUUUGUAGGAGCAGGAUACGGCAGCAGCAGCAGCAUGGCGUCCGACAUCACCACGGCGAGCGCUAACGGGCGAGAGAGCGUCUCCCUGAACGGGGAGCCGGUCGUCAAGCGGCCGCGGGAGAGCGCCCAGCAGCAGCAGCUGUCGUCGCUGCGCGUCCCCAAGGAGCCGCAGAACAAAGUGACCGUCGUGCUCGGAGCGCAGUGGGGCGACGAGGGCAAAGGGAAAGUUGUGGACUUGCUCGCAAUGGACGCGGACAUUGUCUGCAGGUGUCAGGGGGGCAACAAUGCAGGUCACACCGUGGUCGUGGACUCGGUGGAGUACGACUUCCACCUGCUGCCCAGUGGCGUGCUCAACAAGAAGGCUCUCUCCUUCAUCGGCAACGGCGUGGUUAUACACCUUCCCGGUCUGUUUGAGGAGGCUGAAAAGAACCUGCUGAAAGGAAAAGGAUUACAAGGAUGGGAGGACCGAUUAAAGAUUUCCGAUCGUGCCCACAUCGUCUUCAACUUCCAUCAAGCUGUUGAUGGAAUCCAGGAGCAGCAGCGGCAGCAACAAGAAGGGAAAAAUUUGGGAACAACUAAAAAGGGUAUCGGUCCUGCCUACUCCUCCAAGGCUGCUCGGAAUGGUCUGCGAAUCUGUGACCUCGUCUCAGAUAUCAAGGCUUUUGAAGACAAGUUUCGUAUGUUGGCGAAACAUUUCCUGACCAUGUAUCCAAACCUGAACAUUGACAUCGACAGUGAACUGGCGCAGCUGAAGGGAUUUACUGAGAGACUGCGCCCUCUGGUGACCGAUGGUGUGUACUUCAUGCACAAAGCUCUUACUGGACCCAGUAAGAAGAUCCUGGUGGAGGGAGCCAAUGCAGCGCUGCUGGAUAUCGAUUUUGGGACGUAUCCUUUCGUCACGUCGUCCAACUGCACCGUGGGAGGAGUGUGCACCGGCCUUGGCGUGCCACCGUCAUACGUUGGCCGAGUAUACGGUGUCGUCAAAGCGUACACCACCCGGGUGGGCGUUGGUGCUUUCCCAACGGAGCAGGAUAAUGAGACGGGGGCACUGUUACAGUCUAGAGGGAGAGAGGUUGGCGUGACAACAGGCAGGAGGAGGCGCUGUGGUUGGCUGGACCUGAUUCUGGUCAGAUACGCCCACAUGGUCAACGGCUUCUCUGCAAUUGCUCUGACGAAGUUGGACAUUUUGGACACGCUGUCUGAGAUUAAAGUGGGCGUGUCCUAUAAAGUUGACGGAGAAUCUCUGCCAAGUUUCCCUGCAAACAUGGACGUGUUGACGCGCGUGUCGGUGGAGUACGAGACUUUGCCCGGCUGGUGCUGCAGCACAGAGGCAGCUCGGAGCUUCGAGGAGCUGCCGUCGCAGGCACAAAGUUACGUUCGCUUCAUCGAGAACUUCCUGCAAGUGCCAGUGAAGUGGGUUGGAGUCGGCAAGUCCAGAGAGAGCAUGAUCAAACUGUUUUGAUCCUUCUGCCAUUUCCACAUCUGUAGUCCUCCUCAGCAACAGCUCAGAUGAUCACUUCAGGUAUUAGUCGGAUUACCAGAGGAGUUUAAAAUGCAAACAUUAUCCUAAAGGAAACAAUGUCACCAGCAAGGCUACUUGUGAAACGCUCAGUCGCUGCUUGUGCAUCUCAUUGACACUCAUUGACACUCAUUCUUCAUAGAUAUAAUUUAUGCAUUCCACAUAGUGUCAUCUAUAUUUAUUAGGAUGUUAAUUUUUAAAAAACCUGGUCCAAAUGGAUCCAUCACUCUUUGUUCCAUUCAAGUAAAGUAAAGCACAGUUCAUUUUUUUAGCCUUUAAAGCCAAAUCAGAAUCUGUUCCCCAUGUUAUCCUUUUCUUUUUACAUAUUUGACUGACAGAUGUUGAAGCCUUCAUAUCCAGGAGUGUCACAAUAAAGCAAGAGAUUAUUUUUAGAUUUUGUAAAGCGGUGGGAAAAUGAUUGAAGGGCAUCAUACGAUCAGUACAGUUGUGGACUUUUCUAUUGAACAGUUUUAAACGACAAAGACAUAAAUGCCUCUCAGUUGUUCAUUUGUAAACGUAUUUUCAUAAUGAUUGUUGGAAUGAACAUCGUGCUUUUUAAAAUCGCCCUCAACACAGAUAAAAUCAACACUAAGGAAGUUGAGUUUAAAUGUUUUCAUAAUAAAUUCAGGGAAAGUAAGAAAAAAUUCCUGGAAUGGUUUUAGACGUGAAGGAAACUUGGCUUUAACGGACCAGAGCACAUCUGAAUAUGAACUGUAAUUCAUUUUGUCAGUGAACCAAAAGACUUGUUGCUAUUAUCAAUAAAAUGAAACUGUAACUUUA